AUGUUUCGCACAGUUUGGCAUAGCCUGACUAGCCAGAUUCUCGACCAGGAGAGGGUUCGGUCCCCCUCCCCGGGGCCCCUGGCAGCCCCCGGUCCCCCCGCGGAAAACGGAUACACUCCAGACGGUCCUGGGGCCAAGAAGAUCCUGGGGCAGCUGGACAGCUCCAGCCUGGCUCUGCCCGAGGCCAAGCUGAAGCUGGCGGGGAGCAGCAGCCGCGGCGGCCAGGCGGCCAAGAGCCUGCGGAUCCAGGAGCAGGUGCAGCAGACCCUGGCCCGGAAGCGCAGCUUCGUGGGCAACGGAAAUCUUCACCGAGCCAGCAGUGUUCCUGAGUAUGUCUACAACCUGCACUUGGUGGAAAAUGACUUUGCUGGCGGGCAUUCCCCGGCUCCUAAAACCUAUGACAGGCGAAAGUCAGGCAUAACCACGGCGUAUGAAGGUCGCUGGGGGAGAGGCACCGCGCAGUACAGCUCCCAGAAGUCGGUGGAAGACAGGUCCCUGAGGCAGCCUCUGCGGAGACUGGAGAUCUCCCCCGACAGCAGCCCCGAGCGGGUCCGUUACUCGCACAGCGAGUACCAGUACAGCCAGCGGAGCCAGGCGGCGCACACGCUGCGGCACCGCGACAGCCUGCGGUCCACCCUCCUGCCGCCGCCCAGGUACGCCCGCUCCGAAAUCCUGGGCUUCACGUCGGGGGCCGCGAGCCGGCAGCGCUACUACGACACUUACCACAGGCAGGUCCAGUACGGCUCGGUGAACGACUCCGUGUUUGACGGCGCCCCGCCCAAACCCGGCGCGGCGUACCCCCGGCCCGGGACCAGCCACAGCAUGAGCAACCUCCUGGAGAAAGAGAACUACCUGACGGCGGGCACGGCGCUCAGGCCGCUGCCGCCCCUGCAGUCCGCCGCGCACAGCAGGGCCGCCCGGGCCUCCUGGCAUCAGAGCUCCUUCCACAGCACGCGCACGGCGAGGGAGAGGGACGCGGGGUCCAGUGUCGCCGUGGAUGCGGGCGGGAGGAGGACGCACCUGACCGCGGGCCAGGUGGCUGCAGGAAGCGGGACCGUGCUGGCGGAGAGAGCCGUUUUCACCGACGCCCAGCUCAGGUGUUUGCUGUGGAAUUUGUCCUCUAGUGACAAACUCAAGAAUCUCAUGAUAACAGAAGCCUUGAUUAUCCUGACUGAGAAUAUCAUCAUCCCCUAUUCGGGGUGGCCAGAAGGAGACUACCCCAAAGCGAAUGGUUUGCUCGAUUUUGAUAUAUUCUACAAUGUCACAGGAUGCCUAAGAAACAUGAGUUCGGCUGGCCCUGAUGGGAGGAAAGUGAUGAGACGGUGUGAUGGACUGAUUGAUUCACUGGUCCAUUAUGUCAGAGGAACCAUUGCAGAUUACCAGCCAGACGACAAGGCCACAGAGAACUGUGUGUGCAUUCUUCAUAACCUCUCCUACCAGCUGGAGGCAGAGCUCCCAGAGAAAUAUUCCCAAAGUAACUAUAUUCAAAACCGGAAUAUCCAGAUGGACAACAACAAAAGUAUUGGGUGUUUUGGCAAUCGAAGCAGGAAAGUAAAAGAGCAAUACCAGGACAUGCCGAUGCUCGAGGAAAAGAGCAACCCCAAGGGUGUGGAGUGGCUGUGGCACUCCAUCGUGACCCGGAUGUAUUUGUCCUUGAUCGCCAAAAGUGGCCGAAGCUACACCCAGGAAGCAUCUUUGGGAGCUCUCCAGAAUCUCACGGCAGGAAGUGGCCCAAUGCCGAUGUCAGUAGCGCAGACCGUGGUCCAGAAGGAAAACGGCCUGCAGCACACCCGGAAGAUGCUGCACGUUGGUGACCCAAGUGUGAAAAAGACCGCCGUCUCCCUGCUGAGGAAUCUGUCUCGGAACAUUUCCCUGUGCAAUGAAAUUGCCAAAGAAACUCUACCUGAUUUGGUUGCCAUAAUUCCUGACACAGUUCCAAGUACUGAGCUUCUCAUUGAAACUACAGCCUCUGCCUGUUACACAUUGAACAACUUAACCCAGAACAGUUACCAGAAUGCCCGGGACCUUCUAAACACUGGGGGCCUGCAGAAAAUUAUGACUAUCAGCGCAGGCGAUAUCUCUGCCUCCAACAAGGCAAGCAAAGCCGCUUCUGUUCUCUUAUAUGCCCUGUGGACACACACGGAGCUCCACAAUGCCUACAAGAAGGCUCAGUUUAAGAAGACAGAUUUUGUCAACAGCCGGACUACCAAAGCCUACCACUCCCUUAAAGACUGAGGAAAGUGAAAAAGUGCUCUCAGAAAUACCAACCUCACCAUUCUCGGCCACAAAAAAAACCCCAAAGGAAAACACCUAUUUUUCUACUUCCCAGUCCAAGAAACCUCAGAAAUAAAGCAUGCCUUGUUUUUAUCCUUUUCUAUUUCUAUGGUCCCCCGAAUCCAGAAGACAAAUAAUCGGAAUAUGAUUUUAUUAGUCUUCCAGAAGAUUUUCACAAGUUUGCCACCAGAAGAUACUGGCAGCAGGCUCUAUUUACCCUCCACAGAUAGUGGUCUUUGGGAUUAGGGCUUAUGGCUCAUGCCCUCCUGGAACCGAAAUGUGAAUUCAUGUGGAAUGGAUGUUGACAGAAUAAAUAAGGAAAGAAGCUGUUGUAGUAUUACUAGGAUUUUAAAAGUUUUAUCUACAUUUCCAUGUUUUGUCACUUAUAUGCACAUUGCUUCACCAGAGAGCCAUGCAUAUAUUGUCUGCAGUGUUAAAACAGAAUGGAAAAGACAAAUAUUUGCUAAGUUAUCCAGGAGAAAAUUUAAUGGCAAAACUGUUUUUUGUUUGUUUUUUUAUGACUUUGUGCUUGUUCUUAUCCUCUUGAAUUUUUUCUCUGACUUUAAAUGAACUUAAGUUUAAAUCAUGGAGCAUGCAUGUCUAUAAGAAAAAAGAAUUGAAAGGUAGUGAUCAAGCAGAUUUAAAAUCUUUUCUACAGAAAAAGGAACUUUGGCUAUGAAAUUCAGUGUUUCCUCUAACCACUGAGUAAAUGAGAUUUUUGCUUAAGGAAAUACUUUACCUAUAACAACAGCAUUAAAUGCAAAUCUCUUCUGAACAGUAGCACUCAAUGUAAUCUAUUUCCUGGACUUUCUCAGCCUCUGCAGUGGGCUGGUGGAAGAAUGGACUCUAUAUUUAGCUACAAAAGGAACCAAGGUCUCUCAAACUGCAGGGCCAGCCUAGGGCUCUGAAAACACAGUUCAUUUAAAUGAGUUAGUUGUUAUCAACCAGCCCAAGUUUGCCCAACAUUUAAAAAAGAGCACAGAGCCACUAUGUCUCAUAAUCUUCCUCAAGCCAUUAUUUUAAGUAAAGGAAACUCUAGAGAAGAAAAAUAAAGAUGUUAUAUUGAGGAUAAAGGGGUCUAGGCCACCCAGAAGUGAUAUGAGAAGUACUCAUAUGUAAAAGUUGACAACAUCGUCUAUUAGGGCGAAUCUGUAUUAAGUGUUAUUUUAACUGGACUCUGGUUUAUGCCAUUCAUAAAGAAGUAAUCUUCUCAACUACAAUUCUGUUUUUUUAUGUUUUUUAAAAGAAAUCUGACAAUGUUUGUUAUAAGAAAUAAGAAGUAAAAAAUUCAUCUCCUUUUGUCCAGAAAAGUGUAAUAGAAAAUAAAUCCCCAUUUUCUAUUUGAAUGUGUACGUAAGUCUUUAUUAUAUUUAGAACUUAAAAUUUUUUCCAUUUUAACAGCUCAAUGGAGAAGAUUGAAGUUACUAACCUAGUUUAACCUGAAAUUAUUUAGAUACCCAUUUUUAAAAUACUGAAGAUAGAAAUUCUCUUUUUCCAGAGUUUUGACAAUAGGCAUUUGGAGUAUCUUUAUUUCUCCAGGUAACUGAUUUCUGUUCAAGAAGUUUCCGUAUUUUUUAAGGCACUAGUGGAGCCUUUAGUAAAGUUCACCACAAAGUUAGGCAAAAAUAAUGUUGCCUGCAUUAGAAUCUGGGCAUCUAAUUUAUGUAUCUUAAUAUAUGUGAUAUGAUUGAUGUGACAUUUGAGGAUUUGACUUGAUAAACUUUAAUCUAAUGACUAAGAGUUUAA